AUGAAAGUCGACCUGCAGCUCGUUGUGGGUUGGAGUUGGAUCGGUUUCUUCUUGAAGGUCGACAAGUACGCUAAACUCGUUGACGUCAGGGCUCCCAUCUACCUCACCGCCACACGAGAGAAAACAAGAAGAUAUCGCUCGAUGAAUAGAGCAGAGGAGGUGGAGAAGAGGUCGGCGGAUAGAGUAAAGGACACCUCUGGUGGAUUGUGA